AUGACGCAGCUAGUGAGGUUAUACCGAGGCGCGUCAAUUGCUGGUUGAAAACUAUUUCCAAACCCCCUCUUUGGCCCUCCGGGGCCACUGAGAAUUUCUGAAAGGGCUCCUUUCCUUUGGGGAGGGUAAAGCCCACAAAUCUAACGUUCAAAGUUCUUCAGUUUUUGGUUUCAUUAGCCUCUGACAUAAGAAGGUUUUUCUGGAAAAUGGUCUGAAGAUCCUUUUCUACGAAGGUUUGAAGAUCAUGCGGUUACGUUUCUCAAACUGAAAUUAGUGUUUGUUGUUUCUCCGAUACCUAAAAUGGUUGCUUCUCAAAUACUGUCAUACUGAAGAUGGUUGCUUCUCAAAUACUGUCAUACUGAAGAAGGUUGCUUCUCAAACUGGAAUUGGCACUACUAUGUUUCUCAGAUCCGCGGGUACUACUGAAGAUGAGUUUAGUAUUUUCUCAGGUCCGCUGGCAGUGAUGUGUAGAAUUGGUACUAAUUGUUUUUUUUUUUCAGUUUUCGUUUCUAAAUCGCUGGUUGCUUCUGAAGCUGGAAUUGGUACACUAGUAGUAGUUUCUCAGAUCCGCGGGUACAGGUCAGCUAGUACUGAUGAUAAGAUUUUCAAGGACCUGAGAGCACGAUUGAUUCUGCCAUUGCCAUUGCACAGAAAUGCAAGCAAGCAGUACAUAUAUAACUGGGUAGCGGGCCUAGUGGGUACCGCGUAGAACGCGGUUUGCAGUCGCUGUCCAAACGCGGUGCAGCAAGUCAGUCAACCCCGUGCAGAUCCUCAGUCAGUCAUUUAAAAUCUUGGGGUCUACCAAAAUAUGCCGAUUUCGAAAUUUCCCUCGCAACUGCCAGUCAUCCUUAAGUCCUCCAUUCUGUGUGCUAUAAACAAGGGUUGAUGCACCGCCCCACAACGAAAUAAAAGAAAACGGAAGAGUCCGGAGUCGAGAGCAAAUACGCUAACAUCACUGUCUCUCCUCCUGCAUUCAUUGGAACGGGUAAGUAGUGUAGAUCCACAGAGACAGAGGAGGGACUGAGAUGCAGGCGCCGGCGUGUACCAAUGCUCCGGCGUGCACAUUCCCCUUCGCCACGAUGCAGUCGCAUGGCGUCAGGAUCGCGAGGUCGCACGCCUACGACUGGGUUGCGCUGCUCCUUCUGAUCGCCAUGGAAUGCGUCCUCAACGCCAUCGAGCCGUUCCACCGCUUCGUCGGCGAAGGCAUGAUCGCGGACCUCAGAUACCCCAUGAAGAGCAACACCGUCCCGGUCUGGGCCGUGCCGAUCGUUGCUGUCAUUGCACCUAUGCUCAUCUUUAUGGCCAUCUACAUCUGGAGGAGGAAUGCGUAUGAUUUGCACCAUGCUACGAUUGGUAUUCUGUUUUCUGUGCUGAUCACCGGCGUCCUGACGGAUGCGAUCAAGAACGCCGUGGGCCGUCCGCGCCCCAACUUCUUCUGGCGCUGCUUCCCUGAUGGAAUCGCUGUGUACGACAACAUCACCACAGCAGUCAUAUGCCACGGCGACGCCAGCGUGAUCAAAGAAGGCCACAAGAGCUUCCCAAGUGGCCACUCUUCCUGGUCUUUCGCCGGCCUGGGUUUCCUGUCGUGGUACCUUGCCGGGAAGAUCACCGUCUUCGACCGACGAGGGCACGUCGCCAAGCUGUGCGUCGUCAUCCUGCCUCUCCUCGUCGCCGCCGUCAUCGCCAUCUCGCGGGUAGAUGACUACUGGCACCACUGGCAGGACGUCUUCGCCGGCGGCAUCCUUGGAAUGGUGGUUGCGUCUGUUUGCUACCUGCAGUUCUUUCCACCACCCUCUGAUGACAAAGGUUUCUGGCCUCAUGGACACUUCAGGUACAUCAGCGAGAGGGAAGAGGAGAGCCGGAGGCGGCGCGCUACUGAAAUGAGCAACAGUGACUCGACCGCAGUUGUCCCUUGGCAAGGUGAGGCGGGAGCAAACACGAGCCGAACGUUGGACGCAAUGGAGUCCGGUACGUCGGACAGGGCGAUGGCCCGUGAUACCAACCCAUAGAUGCUACCAUGAUACAAACUUGAAUAUUCAAAUUUAAACAUUCCAAAAAAUUCUAAAAAAAUUGUGGAUGUUCACAACACAUAUGUUGACAAUUCCUAAAAAAUUCAGAUUAAAAUUCGAAAUACACAUCGAGAAACAAAAGAGAGAAAUCCGUCAUGAAUAGUGUCAAAAGAAGACAAAAGCAGAAUUGGCACUAUUCACAUCUGAAUUUGUCUUUUUUGUUUCUCCAUGCGUAUUUUGAAUUUUGAUCUGAAUUUUUUAGGGGUAGUCGAAAUAUGUGUUGCAAAGAUCCAUGAUUUUUUUCAGAAUUUUUUGGAAUGUUUAAAUUUGAUUUAUUCAAGUUUGUAUCAUGAUAGCAUCUAUGGGUUGGUAUCACUGGAUAUUUUCCCCGAUGGCCCCAUGUAACAUGCAUGUGUUGUGGCCUGUGGAUAGAUCCGCUGUCACCUACCCUAAGCCUUGGAGAUUUCGGCUUCCAAGUUCCGAAAUGCUGGGUUGGAAGUGUCACUGAAUCUCCCUGUAUAUAGUACUUAAGAGUCCGGUAUGUAGGACAUGGCAAUGGCCCUGUGUAACAUUUAUUGUAGAUCGAUCACUUGGCAUCUAUAUAAGCCAUGGAGAUCCAGCUUCCAAGUUCCAAUGUGUAGCGUUAGAAAUGUCACUGAAUCUGUAUGUGUAUACACAUGUAAUGUGAAUCUAUUCCGUUGGAGUCUAAGCCUUGGAGAAUGGAGAUUCAGCUUCCAACUUGUAAUGUAGGGUUAGCGAUUUCACUGUAUCUCUCUCUAUAUAUACUGAAUGCUCACCAUAUGUAUAGCUCGUAGUGUUUUUUACAAUUGCUAUGAAUCUCCCA